AUGAUUGUCACUAAAAUAUUUGAGCAUGAAAUAGGAUCUAAUAAAUUAAUUGCGACUAAUCUUGUGAAGAUGUUCCAAAAGAUAUCAGAAUUACAUGGUGAGAAGGUGACACCCGUUUAUUAGUUGAAACUUGAGUUGAAGCCUUGGUUUGACACUAUGGAAUAGAUAAAGAUCUUAUUGGAAAGAUAUUAGGAGGAUAGGUUAAUUUAUGAUCAUUAUAAGUUAAAAAUGAAAGAAUUGUAAAAUAGUAAGGAUUCAGAUAAGAUCAAUAGAAAUGAAAGAAAAUUAGAAAAGGCAACUACAGCUUAUUAAAAUAUUUGCAUUGACAUGAUUGGUAAAAUGGAUAAUAUAAUCUCAAAUAAAUUAAGAAUGAUGAACUUUGUAUUAUCCUCAAUUAUUAGCAUAGAACAUGAUGUUUCUUCGUAAGAGAGUAAACGAUUUUAAGAAUCUUUGGAUUUUGAUAAGGAAUUUUCAAAUGGUAACACAAUUAAAUCUGUUUAACCAGAAAAUUAAGAAUAGGAAAAUAACUUUAUAAAUAAAACCAGAAAAUUAUUAAAUUUGUAAUCUACCUUAGAAGUCCAAUAAAUUGAAAAAUCACAUCAAGUUAAACAAUAAUAAUUUGGGGAAACCCCUACGCCAAAUCCAGAUACUGAUCCAUUUGAAGAAUUUAAUAGAGUUUCAGCAUAAUUUGCUGGAGAAUUUAAAGAGGAUUCAGAGUCUCCGGCAUUGUGUAAGGAUUUAAAGACUUCAAAGUUAAACCAAUAAUAAAAACUAUCAUAAAUUUAAUAAUAAUAAGAAUAAUUUUAUUAAACUAUUAAAAAUUAAAGAAAGUAGUUAGAAUAAUCAGAUAUAAAGUAAUCAAAUUAAAGUGAUGUUAAUUAAGGCUUUCCAAACCCCUUUAUAUCAUCCUAAUAACAAUUACCAUAAUAAUAAUAACAAUAAUAAUAACAAUAAUAGUAAUAAUAAUAAUAAUAAUAAUAAUAAUAGUAAUAAUAAUAGUAAUAAUAACAAUAAUAGUAAUAAUAAUAAUAAUAAUAAUAAUAAUAAUAAUAAUAAUAAUAAUAAUAAUAAUAAUAAUAACAAUAAUAAUAACACUAAUAACAAUAAUUGUCAUAAUCAUAAUAGCAAUAGCAACAUUAAUUCUAAUAACAAUAAGAUUUUAGACUAAGCUAAUCAAUGGUUAUUUAAUCCAAUGUACCUUGGAAUCCUUUUGAUGAAGGUUAAAAUAAUUAACAAUCAUUUAGAAAAAGUGUUAGAAAUCCUUUUGAUGAUGAGGUUGAUGAUACCUAUGUUCAAUAAUAGCAAAAUUAAAAUUAAAAUCAAUAAUUACAAAUUCAUUCAUAAAUCCUAUCAUCCAGAUCUAAUAAUCCAUUUGCAAAUGAGAAUAAUCAAUAAGCUCCUCCAAGAAUGUUUUAAACUUAUUAACCAAGUAACCCAUUUGCUGAUUAUGGUAAUGAGCAUUAAAAGUAACCAAAUUAAAAUACAUCAAAGAACCCUUUCAUUUGA